CAUACCACAUCAAGGGAAGGAGUGACAGAUGACAUCAUCUUUGCAGGUGCCGGCUCUGGCUGUCGCUCUGAUGAUGAUGAUGACUGCGCUGUAGUUAGUUCUGGAAAUGAGGAUGAGAUUAUAACUGCUGUUGUUAUCAUCAAGAAGACGACUACCCUUCCAACAACAACUACAGUACAAGCAGAGUGCACAGGUCCUGAAUGUGACCACAGCUCAAAGAUGAGUUUACCACCUGGUAUCUCAACAUCUACAGCAUCACUUGAAGGCAGCCUUGCUGGAGUCAAUGAAACCAGUAUCCAUGAUGGUGUGGGCAGCUUCGAAAGUACUGCACAACCUGGCAAGGAUAAACAAAAAGCUGGUGACAAAGGGAUUAACUUAGGAUUAAUUCUGGGAAUCACAGGCAGUGUCUUGGUAGCAGUAAUUGUUCUAUGUAUUGCACUGUGCAAGCUGCGCAGUCGAGAUGAAGGAACAUAUAAAGUCGAUGAAACCCAGAAUUUUUCAGCAUUGCAGUCUAAAAAAGCAGGAAAUGGUGCACUGGCUUCAGGGAGUGACUCAGGUGGGGGUAAAAGGGGCAAGAAAAAAGAUGUGAAAGAAUGGUAUGUUUGA